UUCUACAGUUUAUUGUUGAUAUGCAAGCAAAAAUAGAAGCAGAAAGAUUGCUUUACAUUUGCCAAAAUCAAAGUAAGUUACGAACAGAUGAAUACAUUCGUUUGCGGGAUGUGGCAGUCAGUGAUGGAAAUAUUGAAAAUCUGGAGCAAUUAGUAAUUUUGCCUUCUAUAUUCACCGGUAGCUCCAGACAUAUGCUUGAAUAUACACAAGAUGCAAUGACUUAUGUGAGGAAGUAUGGUCAUCCUGAUUUGUUUAUAACAUUUACAUGUAAUUCAUCAUGGAAGGAGAUUAAAGAUGAGUUACAGUAUGGACAACUUCCACAUAAUAGACAUGACAUAAUUGUGCAAGUGUUCGAACAAAAACAAAUAAAAUUUAUUAAUGCGAUUGUAAAGAGUCGUAUUUUUGGAAUUGUCAUUUCUUGGAUGUACUUCAUUGAAUGGCAAAAAAGGGGAUUGCCACACUCACAUGAUUUAAUUUGGCUCAGAGAGAAAAUUCAUUCAAAUCGAAUUGAUGAUGUUAUCAAGGUGGAGUUUCCAAACCCGAUUGAAGAUCCUGUUUUGUAUGAAAUAAUUGUAAAAAAUAUGAUCCAUGGACCAUGUGGAGUACUUAAUAUGCAAUCACCCUGUAUGAAAGACGACAAAUGCUCAAAGCAGUAUCCGAGAUCAUUUUUAAAUGAAACCCAAAUGGAUGAUGAUGGACAUCCAAAAUACAGAUGUUGA